AUGGCUCAUCCAACUCUGUCACAGCCCUCGGUCAUGGGCAUGCCCCCCUUCAUGGCCGACUUCCUCAUGGGCGGCGUCUCUGCGGCUGUCUCCAAGACCGCGGCCGCCCCCAUCGAGCGCGUCAAGCUCCUUAUCCAAAACCAAGACGAAAUGAUCAAAGUCGGGCGCCUGGACCGCCAAUACAAGGGCAUAGGCGAGUGCUUUAGCCGCACGAUCUCGGACGAGGGGUUUCUCAGCCUCUGGCGCGGAAACACGGCGAACGUGAUUCGGUACUUUCCCACACAGGCGCUGAACUUUGCGUUUCGGGAUAAGUUCAAAAAGAUGUUUGGGUAUAAGAAGGAUCGUGAUGGAUAUGCCAUGUGGAUGAUGGGGAAUCUGGCUUCAGGAGGUGCUGCUGGAGCGACGGGGCAACUCUUUGUGUAUUCUCUCGAUUACACGCGGACUCGACUGGCGAAUGACGCAAAAUGGGGACAGCACCAGUUCAACGGCUUUAUCGAUGUGUACCGGAAAACCCUUGCAUCAGAUGGCAUCGUCGGGCUGUACCGCGGUUUCUUUCCCUCCGUCGUUAGAGCUGUUGUAUAUCGCGGCCUGUACUUUGGCAUGUACGACUCCUUCAAGCCACUCAUUCUCAUCGGAUCGUUGGAUAGCAACUUUCUGGCUUCGUUUUGUCUGGGUUACUUCGUCACCACAGCUGCAGGCAUUGCAGCAUAUCCCCUCGACACGAUCCGACGACGCAUGAUGAUGACUUCGGGAGAAGCCGUCAAGUAUAAGAGCUCGUUUGACGCAGCUAGGCAAAUUGUUGCGAAGAACGGAGUGCGGGCUCUGUUUAAUGGCGCUGGGGCGAAUAUUCUUCGUGGUGUUGCUGGAGCUGGAGCGUUGUCUAUCUACGACCAGCUUCAGAUCAUCCUCUUCGGCAAGGCAUUUAAAGGGGAGUGA